CGCAGGCGUAUUAUGAAUUUUGAUUGAUGAAAAAUGGGAGGCGGCCUGGAAAUUGCUUAAUCAAUACUCUAUUUUGAGAUGAAUUUUCUCAAAAUUUGCACCGUAACAGCAUGAGACUAAACUUGCUGUUCCUGUCAAUAGCCGUCGCUGUCGGACUGGCUGUGGCUGUGUUUGGGCCCCCUCAUAUGUCAAAUCCGCUGUUAACCAAAGAUGAUAAUGUUUUGCACAUCGCUGGCAUUUUUCCCAUCGGAGGGAAAGGAGGGUGGCAGGGUGGCCAGGCAUGCCAGCCGGCAGCAAGAUUGGCACUGGAAGACGUCAACAAUAGGACUGAUUUAUUGCCAGGAUUUAUAUUAAAAUUGCAUUGGAAUGAUAGCGAGUGUGAACCAGGAUUGGGUGCAUCUGUCAUGUACAACCUUUUAUACAACAAACCGCAGAAGCUGAUGCUUUUGGCAGGUUGCAGCACAGUUUGCACGACGGUAGCAGAAGCGGCCAAAAUGUGGAAUCUAGUCGUGCUCUGCUACGGUGCCAGCUCGCCUGCCUUGUCAGACAGAAACCGCUUUCCAACCCUUUUCCGAACGCACCCAUCUGCCACUGUGCACAAUCCAACUAGAAUUAAGUUGAUGGAGAAAUUUGGCUGGUCCAGGGUUGCUAUUCUCCAGCAGGCUGAAGAAGUUUUUAUAUCUACUGUAGAAGAUUUAGAAGCGAGGUGCAAAGAGGCUGGAAUAGAAAUUGUCACGCGCCAAAGCUUCUUGUCCGACCCGACUGACGCAGUGAGGAACCUCAGGCGCCAAGAUGCACGUGUGAUCGUUGGCUUGUUUUACGUUGUAGCCGCAAGAAGAGUGCUCUGUGAGGUCUAUAAGCACAAACUCUACGGCAAAUCAUAUGUCUGGUUUUUCAUAGGAUGGUACGAGGAUGACUGGUUUGAACAAAAUUUGGAAAAAGAGAAAAUAAACUGCACGAGGGAGCAAAUGAGAAUCGCAGCUGAAGGUCAUCUAACAACUGAGGCGCUCAUGUGGAAUCAAAAUAACCAGAGGACUUUGUCUGGAAUGACUUCUGACGAUUUUAGAAUCCGCUUGAAUGAGGCGUUGAAGAAGGAAAAUUACGACAUUGACAAUAUGCGCUAUCCCGAAGGCUACCAGGAAGCGCCAUUAGCUUAUGAUGCAGUCUGGGCUGUUGCAUUAGCGUUCAACAAAACUAUGGAGAAGUUGGACCGUGUGGGCAAAAGUUUGAAAAAUUUCACCUACACAGACAAGGAAACGGCAGAUGACAUCUACUCAGCCAUCAACAGCACUCAGUUUCUCGGAGUUUCUGGUCAUGUGGCUUUCAGCUCCCAGGGUGAUCGUAUCGCCCUGACGCAGAUAGAGCAGAUGAUCGAUGGGAAAUACGUCCUUCUUGGCUAUUACGACACCCAAAGUGACAACCUCACUUGGAACAACAAGGAGAAAUGGAUUGGAGGGAAGGUUCCUCAGGAUAGGACGAUCGUCAGGACGGUUUUGCGGACCGUUUCACUGGGACUGUUCAUCUCGAUGGGCACAGUUUCUGUUGUUGGCAUUCUCUGGGCCAUUGCUCUGAUCGUGUUCAACAUCUUGCACCGCCACAGAAAAGUUAUUGAAACCUCGCAUCCUGUGUGCAACACCAUUAUGCUUGUUGGAGUUUGCCUCUGUCUCGGAUCAGUCUUCUUGCUUGGCCUUGAUGGAAGAUUUGUUGAAUCUGAGAGCUAUCCAGCUGUUUGCCAAGCCAGAGCUUGGAUUUUGACCCUGGGAUUCACCCUAGGCUAUGGAGCCAUGUUCUCCAAGGUUUGGCGUGUGCAUCGACUGACCACCAAGUCAAAGCAGGACGGAAAAGUAAAAAAAGUUGAGCCAUGGAAAUUGUACUGGAUGGUUGGCGGAUUUUUAAUUGUUGACAUAAUCUUGAUGCUGUGCUGGCAAAUAAUCGACCCGCUGCAGAGGAGCAUUGAGAUUUUUCCCCUGGAAGACCCAUCCUCCACUGAUGACGACAUUAAAAUUAGACCUGAGCUGGAGCACUGUGAAAGUCACCAUAACAACGUUUGGCUUGGGAUUUUGUGCGGCUACAAAGGAUUGAUUCUGAUUUUUGGGCUUUUCCUGGCUUAUGAGACAAGGAGCAUCAAGGUGAAACAAAUCAACGACUCGCGCUACGUCGGAAUGGCAAUCUACAACGUCGUCGUGUUGUGUUUGAUCACUGCGCCCGUCAUUAUGGUAAUUGCAUCGCAGCAGGACGCCAGCUUUGCAUUUGAAGCUCUUGCCAUCAUUUUCUGCUGUUUCCUCUCAAUGGCUCUUGUGUUCGUGCCAAAGAUCGCAGAGAUAAUCCAACAUCCAAGGGACAAAGUUGAGGCCAAAUACAACACUGAUGCUGGCGUAUCGAAGGAAGAUGAAGACCGCUACCACAGUUUGCUUGCUGAAAACGACGAGUUGCAAAAAUUAAUUUCUGCGAAAGAGGAGAAGAUAAGGAUUCUGAAAAUCAAGCUGCAGGAGCGUGAAUCGAUGAAAUCGUCUGGCACUGACGGCACUGCUCCUUCCGCCGCUGAAGGGAUGAACGAGCCUAUCUGCCUGGGGGCCGGCGGCGUUCGCAACAACCUGAUCCCGGCACGCACGUACCACGGCAACGCGGCUGGCGCUCAACCAGAGCCUGCAGGUUUGAUUCUCCCUGAUCCUUUUACCACUAACUCAGAUUCUGCUAUUGGCCCAAUUUCCGGCUACACGCGUAGUUCACAAUCAGACUUUGAGUUCUCAGAAUCAUAUCUAUAAAUUAUCGCGAAUUCUUGGGAACAAUGUUGAUGCUCACGUAACCGAACAAUCAUUGGCACUUUACCGACUUGGCAUUUAGGCUUAACUAUUUUCUUAAACCUUGGCAACAGCUUAAAUAUAUUUGUAAAGAAUUUACACUCUAAAAUUUAUAACAACCUCUGCCACAUGAGAUUAAAGGAAAACGGAAACACGUGUGGUAUUUACAUAUAUAAAAAUAAGUAUUUAUUAAGAUGAGAACUGAAAUUAAGGCACAGUAACGCUCUAAUAAUCGAUUGACUGUCUUUUUUCUCUCUCCUUCUCACAACCUUUGUUUAACUCCGCUAGGUCGAGGUAUGGGGGCACGAAACUCAGCUAACCUCAGCUCAGCUUGAACGGGAGCUAUGGAUUCGGGUUUAGUCACCUGAUUUUGCAAAGCAUGAAUUUAAACUGUAUCUCUAGUCUUUAUUCAACUUUAUUUUUUCUAGUCCUUUUUUACGUUUUUUACGUUAUUUCAUAGAACAUUGGUUAUGAGAAGGAAUUUAUCUUUGUGUGUUCGCUAAUAAUUGUUUUUUUUUGUUGUCAAUCAAUAAUCAAUGUUCAAUGAAAUUGUGUGUACUCCACCUAAUGUUACCCAAAUACCUGAGAUUUCAAAACUUAAUAGUUUUUCAAUGUUUGUUUUAUUUAAUUAUUGCAUGUUGACGUUUUAACUUAUUAAUAAA